UCUGUGGUAGUGGUGCUAUUUUGACAUUUCUUCACGGUUCUCGCCGUUCUCAGUUUUGGUAUUUGGCAACGCUGCCUUUCUCCAAGUAUUUACAAAAAUGGGUAUCGACAUCAAUCACAAAUACGACCGUAAGGUUAGGAGAACAGAACCAAAAAGUCAAGAUGUAUAUUUACGUCUUCUGGUGAAGCUCUACCGAUACUUGGCACGUCGUACUGGUGCCAAAUUCAACCAAAUCGUCCUGAGAAGGCUCUUCAUGAGCAGGAUCAACAGGCCCCCAAUUUCUCUGUCCAGAGUCGUUCGUCUCAUGAAGACGCCCGGCCGCGAAGGCCUGACUGCCGUCAUUGUCGGGACUGUGACUGACGAUGCGAGGAUCUUUGAAGUGCCCAAACUUUCCAUUUGUGCACUACGUGUGACUGAAACUGCCAGGUCUAGGAUCUUGAAAGCAGGCGGCGAAAUCAUCACGUUCGACCAGCUGGCGCUGAGGGCACCCACCGGCUCGCGCACCGUUCUUUUGCAGGGCAGGCGUAACGCCCGCGAGUCCGUGAAAUCGUUCGGUCUCGCGCCAGGUGUGCCGCACAGCCACUCGAAGCCGCUGGUGCGCUCGAAGGGGCGCAAGUAUGAGAGGGCGCGCGGUCGCAGGGCCUCCUGCGGGUACAAGAAGUAGGGGGGGUCGUUUGUCGUUUGAUUUGUAUAAUAAAGGUUAUGCAGUAAUGAGGGGUUUGAUUUUCGACCUGACCCAGCCAAUAGAGCAAUGUCUGCUGACGUCACAACAUGGCGCACUCGGCGUUUCAUCAGCUGAUCGGGGGACAAACAAAGCU